AUGGUGCUCUUUACCCAGAUGGAGGAACUGGGAGGCCACCACAAGCUCAGCGUCUCUGCAGAGAACAAACCCUUCCUAGAUGCCAAGGUGCAGAUAGGCCCCAGCUCACUCAGGCCACGUCAGCCCAGGAUCAGCACGGCUGUCCGCCUGUGGGUGCUCACCCAGGCCUUGGCUGCCCUCUUCCUUGUGGACAGGGAAGUGCCAGUGUCGGCAGCAAAGGGCAUUUUCUCAAGAAUGCCCAUCUGUGAGCACAUGGCAGAAUCUCCAGUCUGCCCCUAGAUAUAUGACCCGGUCUGUGGCACUGACGGGGUCACGUAUGACAGUGAAUGCAAGCUCUGCUUGGCUCGGAUGUAAAAAAAAAGACAGGACAUCCAGAUCGUGAACGAUGGCAGAUGCUAA